UUUGAAACCUCAAAUCCGUUUCAUCUGAAACUCUCCUUGUGUUUUGCCCCCUUUUUUUUUGGCUCGAAUUAUGGCUCGAAUUAUCGUAUGAUAUGUAUAGAAACUGGCGAAUUUAUAAGAAUUUGAUAUUUCUUGUGUGAAACUAUGAUGUAAUUGUUGUGCUAGAUGUUAUUCAUUUCUGAAUUAGGUUAAAAUAGCAGGUGGUCGCUGAAGUAGUAAUUCUGUAAAAAGGAAAGAUGUCGAGCAACGAAGUCCGGAAGGUGUCUCGGCAGGAUAUACAGCUUGUCCAAAAUCUUAUUGAGCGCUGCCUCCAGCUCUAUAUGGACCAGAAAGAAGUUGUCAGCACUCUCUCCUAUCAGGCGAAAAUAGAACCUAGUUUUACUGAACUUGUUUGGCAGAAACUUGAAGAAGAGAAUCGGGAGUUUUUCAAAGCUUAUUAUGUUAGGCUGAGGCUCAAGAAUCAAAUUAUGAUAUUCAACAAGUUACUUGAGGAUCAGUAUCGCCUCAUGAGCAAAGAAUAUCAGUCAGGAGUUCCUUCCGUGCCUCUAUCCAAUGGAUCCGAGGCUUCCACAUUGCAUCAAAGUCCAUCCUAUUUAUCGGAACAUAUACCAACAUCGACAAGGCAGGAUAACAUGCUGUGCAAUGGAGGUUCUUCUAGUGGUAUGAUGAACGGUGCACCAUCUGGACAACAGUUCAUUCUGGCAAGCAAAGAUGUUCCCGGCCUUCCUAGCGGCAUCGAUGCUUCAUCGAGCCUGCCGUCGAUGCAAAACUCAACCAUAGGAAGGAUUGCUGGAGUGAACGGGACAGCAGUAAAGACCGAACCUAGCUACUCGAGCAAUUCGGAUUUUGCAUUCUGUAACGAUAACGCCUUCCUAGAAGCAGCACGGCCAGCUAUUGGAGAUGCAUCUGGCGGAUCCUUUAGCAGCUCGGAGUUGACUGGUCAACCACUCAGCGAUCCUCUUCUGGAUAUGGAUGCAACGUCUUUUGGUUUCUUAAGUCAGGUCCCUCGAAACUUCAGUUUUUCAGAUUUAACAGAGGACUUCACCCAGAGUGCUGACAUUUUGGAGAAUUAUGGUAGAUCUCCUUUCCUCCCUGCUGAUGGAAAUAACUUCUCGGAUUCUGUGGGAGAAGGUAAAGAGGCAGAAAAUAGAAGAUUAGAUACCAUAUCUGAAGGUCUAAGUUAUGAGAAUUUUGGAGGUGAUUGAUGGAUAUCUGACUGGGACUGCUUUUAAGCUUGCAUAUUGACAAAGCAUAAGGUCACCAUUGUAUAUACCGCUCCGGCAGACAAAAGAUUGACAGGUUCCUGAAAUUUUUAGAACUUAAUGCUAAUUACUCUCUUGGUAAUGUUUCUUCAGUUUGUCUCUUUGGGUAAGUUUGGCUUAUUCCUUAGCUUGUAAUAAGUAUUGACUAACAGACAAAAAAUCGGAUAUGUUUAUGCGUUUUGUAACUUUGUUUGUGUAAUAAUUCCUAAUAUGGUGAAGAUCAAGGGCUUGAAGUUGUGUAAUUUGUGUUAA